AGUCAAGCGAAGCGGGCGGGUUGCGAGAACGGAGAAGACGGGGGAGGGCAGUGGUGUCAUGUGCGCAGCCCCCAGUCGCGCGGGGAGCGGCGGGUCGGGCAGGGAGCGCUACGUGCGGGUUUUUGAAGCAUGUGAUGAAGAUAAGAAAGGAUAUUUAAGCAGGGAGGACUUUAAGGUCGCUGUGGUGAUGCUAUUUGGUUACAAACCAUCAAAGGUGGAGGUGGAUUCAGUAAUGGCCUCAGUGCAACAAAAAAAUUCAGGUGUAUUACUUGAAGAAUUUUUAAAACUUAUGAGUACAAAGAAGGCUGCACAACUACACCAUAGUGAAAUAAGGCAGAUAUUCACAGCUUUUGACAUGCAAUAUAAAGGAUUUUUGACUUUGGAAGAUUUCAAACGAGCCUUCAAUUCCGUUGCUCCAAAGUUACCUGAAAGGAUCAUAGUUGAAGCUUUCAGCUGUGGAGAGACUUAGAAGGAACCCCCUCCCUCUCUUCCCCUUGUUUGAUAGUCUUUUGGAUGGUGUCAAAGGUGGUAAUAAUUGUCCUUUGGGGCAAAAGAGAAGUCAGUAGAAAUGGAUUGGAGCUGCUGCUGUUAAAGUCUGAUACCGUCCGAAGCGGUGUUCGGGAUUCAGCUGGAGCUGAUAGAUCUGUUGAUAUCAUCUGGGUACCUUUCUCUGGCCUGGUCUGGUAAAGACAUAUCUCAGGAUUAGGAUGAUGAAGGCCUGGAGUCCCAGGAGAUGGGGGGAGGACGGGUGGGAACCAUGGUGAUGAAGCUUGCUUCAGUAAUCUCUGACUGUUUUUCGGCUCCAUCUGUUCAUUCAGUCUUUUCCUCCCAAAGUCUCUUUCUUUUAAAGACCCCCAAAGGGAAUGGUGUGUGGAAUAGCCCAUCCCCUUAUUUAUUUUGUGCACUAAUUAGGCCUAAUACACAACACACCAAUUUUGGUUCGUGAACUUCUGGCCAUCAUCUGUUUUUAACAAGCAUAAUUUCAACAGUCCUUUGAUUAUAUCAAUGUGGCCUUUUUAGUUUAGGCUAAUCCAGUUUCUCGGUCUGGUUUUCUGGCACCUAUUCCCAUCAACACUUGUCGUUACAGGUUAUUGUGACAUUUUAUGAUCUCCCACUCACUUUUUACAGUUAAAUUUACAAUUAGAGUAGAUUUGAAGGCUUUAUUAUCACAACAGCACUCACAAAGAGAAAGUUAUUUUAUCCACAGUUCAAAAGUUUUGUGGGAAUUCUUAUAUUACAGGAAUGUUUCUCCCUCUAUCCAUUUCAGAUGGAUGAAGUUUGAGUGAUUUAUAAAAAUGUUCGGGUGGCUUUUUUUUUAUUUUUGGCUAUCAGUUGCAUAAUUAGAGUCCCAAAGCUGCAUUCCAGUAUGCAGGAAGUAUGAGUUUUGUCUGAACUAAUGUGACAUCAUAUAUAUGUUUUGUUCCUAUAAAAGUUGUAAUAGAUUCUUAUAAAACUCACAAUAUUCAUUGUAUUGAGUCUUAAAAUGAAAUUGUACUGUAUUUGUUGCAAAGACUCCAUGUGGAUAUUUGGUCCAAAUUAACAGUUUUGGUUUUAAAGUUAUUUAAACGUGAUCUUGUAAUGGUUGUAAGGUUAGUUUUUGCAUUUUGUUGCUGGUUUUGGUUUUUUUUGUUUGGAUUUUUUUUUUCUGGAGUCACAGUAUGGUGCAUAGUGAGCCACCCAGCAGAGCAGCAGUCAAAGCAUCUUCAGGGUCACUAAAAAGGGGGAGAAAGGACAUUAAGUAUGGAAUAACUUGUAUGUUGAGUGACCUUCUUACCUUUGUGCAUUAAAGAUUUAACACAUCACUGUAGGGCUAAUCAUUUAAAAAAGCUCUUUUCAGGGCAUUUUUAAGGAUAUAGCACAUUGCAGGGGAGUGUAUCAUAUUUGUGGCUGAUCAAAUUGAAGGUAGGCCAAGAAACAUCCAUUUAUAGUAAGUCUUGUAUUAUACAAGAAGAAGAAAAUGCAACAACCCACAUUAAUAAAAAGAGGACAUAAAAAUAUUGCUUUUCAUGCCUACUAAAGCAGCAGUUAUCAACAGGGGGUCAGCAAACCCUUUCAGAGGGCCUGUGGGGCCCGGUGGCUAAAACUUGAUAUAGCUAUAGCUAUAUCUUGACUUUAGCAAAGCUUUUGAUACAGUCUCCCACAGUAUUCUUGCCAGCACGUUAAAGUAUGGAUUGGAUGAAUGGACUAUAAGAUGGAUAGAAAGCUGGCUAGAUUGUCUGGUUCAACGGGUAGUGAUCAAUGGCUCAAUGUCUAGUUGGCAGCCGGUAUCAAGUGGAGUGCCCCAGGGGUCGGUCUUGGGGCCGGUUUUGUUCAACAUCUCUAUCAAUGAUCUGGAUGAUGGGAUUAAUUACACCCUGAGCAAGUUCGCAAAUGGACACUAAGCUGGGGGGAGAGGUAGAUAUGCUGGAGGGUAGGGAUAGAGUCCAGAGUGACCUAGAUAAAUUGGAGGAUUGGGCCAAAAGAAAUCUGAUGAGGUUCAACAAGGACAAGUGCAGUGUCCUGCACUUAGGAAGGAAGAAUUCCAUGCACUGCUACAGGCUGGAGACAGAGUGGCUAAGCAGCAGUUCUGCAGAAAAGGACCUGGGGAUUACAGUGGACGAGAAGCUAGAUAUGAAUCAGUAGUGUCCCCUCGUUGCCAAGAAGGCCAACAGCAUAUUAGGCUGUAUUAGUAGGAGCAUUGCCAGCAGGUUGAGGGAAGUGAUUAUUCCCCUCUAUUCGGCACUGGUGAGGCCACAGUUGGAGUAUUGCGCCCAGUUUUGGUCCCCCCACUAUAGAAGGAAUGUGCACAAAUUGGAGAGUCCAGCUGAGGGCAACAAAAAUGAUUUGGUGGCUGAAGCACAUGACUUACGAGGAGAGGCUGAGGGUACUGGGGUUAUUUAGUCUGCAGAAGAGAAGAGUGAAGGGGGAUUUGAUAGCAGCCUUCAACUACCUGAAGGGGGGUUCCAAAGAGGAUGGAGCUAGGCUGUUCUCAGUGGUGGCAGAUGACAGAACAAGAAGCAAUGGUCUCAAGUUGCAGUGGGGGAGGUUUAGGUUGGAUAUUAGGAAACACUAUUUCACUAGUUGGGUGGCGAAGCACUGGAAUGGGUUACCUAGGGAAGUGGUGGAAUCUCCAUCCUUAGCGGUUUUUAAGGCCUGGCUUGACAAAGCCUUGGCUGGGACUAUUUAGUUGGUGUUGGUCCUGCUUUGAGCAGGGGAUUGGACUAGAUGACCUCCUGAGGUCUCUUCCAACCCUAAUAUUCCAUGAUUCUUAAACCCAGAGCCUGAGUCCCACCAUCUCCCGCGGAGCUGAAGCCAGGAGCCGCAGGGUCGGAACCGCGGGGUUGAAGCCCCGAUUCCCAGCACCCCCCACGGGGCAGAAGCCCUAAGCCCAUGGGCAGAGUUGAGGGGGCACAGGGGUGUUCUCCUCCCCUCCACCCCCCCAAAGCUACAGUGCAAGAACAGGACAGUCCCAGGGCAGCUUCACACACACACACCCGUUGGCCAGGUUGGAGGCGGGAAGCCAGACCCAGGCAGUGAGGGACAGCUGUUGCUCUCUGGCUGGUAUAAUGGAGCAGGCAGCCACAGCGUUCCCUCGUCUCCUGCUGCUACUGAUGCAGAGGGUUGAAUCUGUUCCUCAGCUCCCAGCCCCCUUUGCUCAUGCAGCUAGUAAGCGCCACCUGGGUGGGGGGACCUGGUCCAAGGCUCACAGAGCCCUUGGGGAACAGGGACCCCCAGGAAGCCCUCCCCACACACAGCCCUAUCCAACUCCCUCCCUGCAGCCUGAGCUACCCCUGCCUGCACACAGUGUCUAGCUACUCCUCUCCAUGCACCCUGAGCAACCCCUCUGUCUGCACACAGCCUCUAGCUACGCUCUGGCCUGCACCCUGAGUUACGCCCCUGCCUGCACACCACUAUUAGCUACCCCUCUUCCUGCACCCUGAGCUGUUUUCAAACUUUUUGAGCUGAGCCCCCCUCCUUUGAGUUAUAAUUUUUGGUUUUGCCCCCCACAUACACACAUACAACCCAGAUAGGCGUGUGGCCUGCUGAGGUGAGGUGUGGGGUGGAGAUGGAUUGGCACUCCCUCCCUGGACCCCACUGUGUGGAGCUGGCUUGAGCCCCACUAGACUCUGACCACCCAAAGCAGAAGUCAAACUACACCUAUGCCCAAGCCCCCUCCCACACUGGGCCCUGGAGUUUUUAUAGCAUGUUGUGGGGGGCCUCAGAAAGAAAAAGGUUGAGAACCCCUGUAGUAAAGGUUUGAAAAAUGUUCUGCUGUUACUUUAUAUUCUCCAUUGCAGUCACUUUGGGAACAAAGUGACCCUCGUGGAUGUGUCAUUUAAGGAUUCUUUUGUUGUAUGAGAAGCAGCUAAUGUUUGAUUUGUCUGUGCUGUAAUUGGUUAAAAUUCUUCUCUUGUCAUAUAACAAAUAUAGUGACUUACGGUACGGUCUGUACUGGUCUGCUGACCAAAGCAAAGUAAUGUUAGUCACAAUUAAAUAAAGUACACUUAUUCAUAUAA